AACAUACAUAGACAAAAAUCCAGCAAGAAAAGAUGGCCGCCGCAGCCCCUAACGCGACGACAUGCCUGCCCCCGAUGAAGGCGACAUCCAACGGCAUGUUCCAAGGCGACGAUCCUCUGCAUUACGCUCUUCCUCUUCUCAUCAUACAGAUAUGUCUGGUCCUGCUUCUCACCCGAGGCCUCGCUUAUCUCCUCCGACCCCUUCGCCAGCCACGUGUCAUCGCCGAAAUCAUUGGUGGAGUUCUAUUGGGGCCAUCAGCAUUAGGGCGCAAUAAGAAGUAUCUUCAUGCAUUAUUUCCAGCAAGAAGCCUCACAGUUCUUGACACCAUAGCAAAUCUUGGCCUUCUAUUUUUCCUGUUUCUGGUCGGGCUCGAGCUGGAUCCGAAAUCGAUAAAACGAACCGGGAAGAAGGCUCUCAGCAUCGCUCUCGCGGGAAUCACCCUUCCGUUCGCCUUUGGAAUCGGGACCUCGUUUGCAUUCAGAGCCACCAUCUCCGCGGACGCCAAGCCGGCCCCGUUUCUCGUGUUCAUGGGAGUUGCCCUGUCCAUCACGGCCUUCCCCGUGCUCGCGCGCAUCUUAGCCGAGCUGAAGCUCCUGACCACGGACGUCGGCCGCAUGGCCAUGUCAGCCGCGGCUGUCAACGACGUGGCGGCUUGGGUCUUGCUCGCUCUGGCCAUCGCCUUGUCCGGGACCGGCCACUCCCCUCUUGUCUCUGUUUGGGUGUUCCUGUGCGGGUUCGGGUUUGUGUUCUUCUGCAUCCUGGUGGCGCCACCGGUUUUCAGAUGGAUGGCGAGGCGCUGCCCGGAGGGCGAGCCGGUCGACGAGAUCUACAUAUGUGCGACGCUCGCGGCGGUAUUGGCUGCGUCGCUGGUUACCGACACGAUCGGGAUCCAUGCGUUGUUCGGGGCGUUUGUUGUUGGUGUUCUGGUGCCUAAAGAAGGUCCCUUUGCUGGGGCUCUGGUGGAGAAGGUUGAGGAUUUGGUUUCGGGUAUGUUCUUGCCACUCUACUUCGUGUCGAGUGGGCUCAAGACGAAUGUGGCAACGAUACAAGGCGGGCAGUCGUGGGGGCUUCUGGCUCUCGUGAUCACGACUGCGUGCACCGGGAAGAUACUUGGCACGGUCGUGGCGUCUAUGAUGUGCAAGGUCUCGUUUUCGGAGGCGUUCACUCUUGGUUUUUUGAUGAACACGAAAGGGCUGGUCGAGCUCAUCGUGCUCAACAUAGGGAAAGACCGGGGCGUUUUAAACGACCAAGCUUUCGCUAUCAUGGUGUUGAUGGCGUUGUUCACGACGUUUAUAACUACCCCGGUGGUUAUAGCGAUAUACAGGCCGGCUCGGAUGGCGACAACCGAGUACAAGCACCGGACCAUACAGAGGAAGGAGACUAGCACCCAGCUUCGGAUCCUAGCCUGCUUCCAAAGCAGCCGGACGGUUCCUACACUGAUCAACCUCAUGGAGAUAUCACGCGGGACGGGGAGGCGCGGUAGCCUCCGCGUCUACGCAAUGCACCUCAUGGAGCUGUCUGAGAGAUCCUCUGUUAUUCUAAUGGUUCACAAGGUUAAAAACAAUGGCAUCCCCUUCUUCAGCAAGGAGAAGGCCCCGGAUUCGACGCAGGUCGUCGUCGCGUUCGAGGCCUUCAACCAGCUCAGCCACGUCGCGAUCUCACCGGCCACCGCGAUCUCGCCGAUGAUGACCAUGCACCAGGACAUAUGCGCGUCCGCGGAGGUGAAGCGCGCCUCCGUGAUCGUGCUCCCCUUCCACAAGCACGUGAGGCUCGACGGGCACUUGGAGACGACGCGCGAGGAGAUGCGCCACGUCAACCGGCGGGUCCUCGAGUGCGCGCCCUGCUCGGUCGCGAUCCUCAUCGAUCGUGGCCUGGGCGGGACCGCGCACGUCCCAGCGAGCAACGUGGACUACACGAUAACCGCGUUCUUCUUCGGGGGGCCGGACGACCGCGAGGCGCUCGCGUACGGGGCUCUCAUGGCAGAGCACCCCGGGAUCAGGAUGAACGCUGUGCGAGUGCACGUCGACCCGAAGGUCGCGGGGCCCACGGUUAAGGUGGACGUGGAGGGCGAAGAAGACGGGGAAGCAGAGGCGAGGUCGGCCGAUGAGGAUUUCAUAACGGAUUUCAAGGACAAGGUGCCAAGGGACGGGUCGAUCAAGUUCGAGGACGCGGUGGUGAAGGACGCGGCGGAGGCGGUGGAGGUGAUCAAGGCGCACAAGAGCUGCAAUUUGUUCUUGGUGGGGAGGAUUUCGGAGGGCGAGCUGGCCGCGGCGCUCAAGCAGAAGAGGGAAUGCCCGGAGCUCGGACCGGUCGGGAAUUUGCUGAUUUCACCGGAUCUUUCGACGACAGCAUCGGUGCUGGUGGUGCAGCAGUACCGGAGCAAGUUAACCGGACCUUCGCUGAUGUCUUUGAAAGAAGAAGACGAUGAUGCGUCAAAGAAUGCAGAUGAUUAUGAUACUGAAUGAACUGAAACUGUUUGAUCUGAGAUUCACAGAUAAGAUUCUAAAUAAGCAGAAGCAGAAUGUCUUGUUUAGAUGUUCACUACAGCUAGCUAUUUUUUUGAAUUAAUGCAAUCUUAUUUUUCAUGUAAAAAUCUUUCCAGGUUUAAUAAGUUCUUCAUGAUCAAAAAGAGUCUGCAGAUACCACA